AUGGCCAGGCUCUCAUUCAGCGUUGAUUCCAUGUCUUCCUGAUUUGUGUUUUCAUUUAUUUAUCUACGAGUAUCACGUUGCCAGAUUACAGUAUAGAAUAAUUUAUGAUUAGCGUGGAAUAAGGGAAUCCAGCGUUGAUCGAAUGAUUGUGCGUUGAGUCGCAUUGGCAGUUAGAAGCAUCGUUGUUCAAGGUCCUAUUGUUUCUGUCGCGCGUUGGCUGGUUAUCGUCGCUGAUACCCAUCGCCAUUCAUCGGGGAAUUGUUGGUGGAUGGUUGAGUGAUGACAGUGUUGGUUGCAGGAUUGAUUUGGACGUGAGGCGGUGGUGUGGUUGAGAAUGGCGGAGGAUUCAGGAAACCUAGAAUCGGUCAGCGAACCCUCCUCUAUGGCCAGCAACAUGCUCGCCUCGCUGCAGGGCCAGGACGAGGGCGGCUUCCUCUCCAGUGUGCAACCCAGUUUUGUCACUCCGACUGGCAGUCGCCAGCUCCUACCAGCCCCUCGACUCGGAAUCCCUCAUGAGCCUCGGCGAGCCCGCGCCCCCAUCCAGACCUGGGCCUACCCCUCGGGGACCCCACCCUGUCCUUCACGCAGCGGGGCUUGAACACGUCUUCCACUGCCUUUAACGUGCCCUUUCCCCCGCCGCACCCGCUUCCGCACGCCCCCCGCGGCUACCCAGCUGCCAAUCCCCCACAGCACUUCGGCCAAGGUCCGUACCCGCUCUUCUCCGACUACGGCACCGCGGGAUCUGGUGGAGGGCCCGCUCCCUCUUAUUUCUCGCCGACGUCGGCGGUGGAGCUGCCUGAGCAAAAUGCCUACGUGUCGCCGCAGAAUGCGCCGAUGCGACCCCCCCUACGGCACGCACCAGGGCUACCCGGACGGGCAGAGCCCCUUCGUCAACCACGGCCAGCCGCAGUUCGGCGGCGGGAACGCGGCGGGGGCCGCCACGCAGGGCUUUCAGGGGAUGCGCAUGAUGCCCGGGUACGCGGGAGGGAUGCCGCCCGGGAGCGGGCCGGUCCAGCAAGCCUUUUCCUCCUCCUUGGCGUCGCCGUUUCCCGUCUAUGCUGGGCAGCAGCAGGCGCAGGGCAUGGCGCAGAUUCGGCUGCCGGGGGGGGCCCUAUUCCAUGCAAGCACAAAUGGCCAACAGGGUUUAUUCGAAUCCGCAUCCGCCGUUCCCGGGCUAUCCCGGCCAGCAGCAGGCGCAGUUCCCCUACAGCGCAGCGGGAGCCGGCGCAGGCCCGACUAGCGCGUCUUCGUGGACGACGUCGGCGGUGGGACAGAACGCCUACCUGUCGCCGCAGAAUGCACCGAUGCGACCUCCGUACGGCACGCACCAGGGCUAUCCGGACGGCCAGAGCCCCUUCGUCAACCAGGGCCAGCCGCAGUUCGGCGGCGGGCGCGCAGCGGUGAUAGCCACGCAGGGCAUGCGGGUGAUGCCAGGGUAUGAGGCCUAUCGUUCCGCAAUGGCAACGUUUUCCACCUCGCGCGCGACGUUUUACACAGGGCAUCCCGUUUUCGUGCUGGAGUGCCGUGUUCCAACGGCCUGCUGGCCGCGCAUUGCUAUGGGCCGUACGUGGCACCCACCAUCCAUCACGCAGCCACGUAGUCCAUUGCCCACAUCCAAUCCGCCGCGCCACGCACAUGUCACCGGGUCAGUUGGCCAUGUGUCUCGCAUUUCCGGUCGCGACGUUCCGGCCGGGAUGGAGAUGCCAUCCGCCUUGUCCGACUACACUCCACCUAGCGGGCCUGACAGCCAUCCAGUUCCCCCGCCUUCCACACAUUCCGAUCUCCUGUCAGCCGGCCCGUCGUCCAGUACCGUCUCGGAUCCCGUUCAACCGGAGAGACCCGCGACGGCUGAGCUUAACGUUAAGAUUGUGGAAGAAACCGUCCGUAGCUACCUCAAGCGGACGAAACGCGAUGUGUCUGAGGUGGUCUCGAUGCUGCGCCUCGAUCAGAUGGACUGGUUUUGUAGCACGUAUUUACCUGAGAAUUGUCGUUACUAUGCGGCUGAUUUUUCCCAAGAUGUCCUGUGUGUUACGGUGCGGAAUACGGCAAACGCCCGCGAAGCCUUCGAGAAAAACAAAGCGGAGUACCAUAGAAGCGUGGGCAAGGACGUCGGGGUAGAAAUGUUAGGAGUUUCGGAGCUGAGUCCUCAUCCUUUCCCAUUUGUGAUAACACCUGCGCCGGGCUACAUCGCGUUGACCCCUUCUACUGUUUUGAAAUGAGAGCUGUGGACAGCAUGUGGCUGCGCGACAGUUCGUCACUGGACACUGGUUUUUUGCGGACAUUUCGUCUAAGAUUUUUGAUAUCUGCGCAUAUUGACCAUGACCACUUGCCACAGUAUUGUGUUGAUUUUUUACUGCUAACCAAAAAUUUAACGCGGGGAAGGCUGGAAUUUUUUAUACGAAAUUGUGCAUAUUUUCACGUUUUAACUGGCAGAUGAUCAUUGUGAUUUUCAACAUUUUAGUGCUAAGAUGCUGAGGAAAUUUGUACUGUGUUUUGGAGUUUUGUCUUUCGGAGUGACGUUAUCGUGUUGAUUAAAAG